AUGCAGCCGGCAUGGAACCCGUUGCAACCUCCUCUCCGUCCUGCUCCACGAGCACAGUGGCAUCGUCAACCUGGUGGGGAGAGGCGCUGCUCCUCCAAGGCAGCUCGUUGGGCUGCCGUUGUGGCGGUGCCUGCGUUCAAUGUUGCGAAGAAGAAAGCAGGCGGCAAGAUUGCAGCCGGAGCAACAGAGGGUUUCGCUUACAUCGCUGACCGACUGUCGAAGGGCUUGCGUGAAAGGCCGUGGUUGAAGGAGACUGCGGAAGAAGUGAGCCUGCAAUUCGUGCGGGAGGCGACCGACGUCGUUGGUGAGUUGCUGCAGAGCCGCCCGCGACAGCGAAGGGAACUCAUGGAUGGCUUGGCUGACCUUCGGCCACCACGACAACGAGAGAGCCCGGACAGGACGUGGCGACGAAGAAUGCAUCAGGCUCUUCAGAAUCUUUGCCGCUUCUUGCUGGAUUCCCCCGAGCGCUUGGAGGGCUUGAGCAAAUCGGCGUUUGAUUCUGGGGGCACGGGAAUGCGACUGCGACGGUUUGUGACGAAGGCCAUCGCAGAAAAGCGACGUUUGAGGCAGCUGAGCCGACGGUUUGGCCAGCUUCACGAGGAGGUCUUGCGUUCUUCGAAGGAUGGUAGGCCUAGCGAGGAAUUGGCCUCGGCCUACCGCGAUGCAGCACUGGAGAACAUGCGCAAGCGGUGGAACGUGGCUUUCCAUGAGUGGUGCGCAGAGGCGAUCGCAUACUAUUUUCUUCUUGACCUCAAGGAGCGGCAUCGAUGGAUCUACGGCACUUCUGGCGACAGGCCACGAGAGACAGCUUUGUCGGCAGCUUUGCGGCAGGGGCCAAAGGUGCUCCAGCGCAGAGAGCAGCUUGCCGAGGAGCUGCUGCCAAAAGCUGGGGCACGCUUGCGGCUGUUGGACAUGGGCAGUUGUGCUGAUUACUUCGGCCGCCACCACAGUGACCGUUUUGAUGUCACAGCAAUUGACUUGGCUCCGGCAGAGGACACCGUCCUUCAAUGCGAUGUCCUUGACAUCAAGAUAGGCCCACCUGGCAGUCGCCCGGCAGUGCAGGGCCGUCAGCUGAAGCAGCUCCCUGCCAAGGGUUUUGAUGUGGUGCUGCUUGCCUUGCUACUGUCGUACAUGCCUGACCCGAAGAGUCGCACACUGGUGAUUUCCAAGGCCCGGGAGCUGCUGACAGAGGGGCCGGGGCUCCUCAUCGUGGCAGAUACCGUUGCUGCCAUUGGAAGGCCACGGGCUGGACCGCCUCCGGAGUGGGUGCUUAACGUCGAGGCCGCCGGCUUCAAGCUCAUUCGCGAUCCGCAGAUGCAUUUCUCUGCCUUGCGUGAUGCAAGGACCGGAGUAGUCAAUCGGGCAAGCUGCUUCUCCUUCAAAACGGUUGCAAAGACAGGUAUGGAGGAAGCGCUUCCUCCUCUGCAACUUCCACGGGACUCUGGCGCAACAACACGAACGACUGCACAGGCACUGCCCCGCCAGCGUGGGAGAAGUUCGCGGUGGCGGGAUUCAGAAACUGCGCGAAAACGGAUUGCUGUGACAUCUUGCGCAGAUGAUGCACAGAAUAUGAGUGGACUCCUGAUCGCUUUGAGGCUCCAGCCUCGACCAGAGCUCAGCACACGAUUCACACGGACAUGUUGGACGUACAGCCAAAUAUUGGCUGCCCCGACGCUGCAGUGUGUUUUGUCAGUAUUUGCAAAGGCCUUUGACGAUGGCUUCAUCGUCGGCAUGGAAGAUCUCCUCGAGCCCGCUUUUGCUGAGAUUGACACAGACAGCUUUGAGGUGCUGAGUGCGCACCCAUUCUGCCGUGGUUUACGUAAAGAGGUUGUGCUGGGCAUAUCCCGUGCAUCCAAGCGAUUGGUGUUUACAACGGUGGGCCGUGUAAUCUUGAACGAGGGUUCGCUAUCAACUGAGCUCUCAAACCUGUGGAUCUUGACGCGUGGAGCUGUUGAAGUCAUUGAGAGUGGGCAGACACUGUGCACAUUGGAGAAUGGCAGUGUUUUUGGUGAUUCUGUGGCUUUCAGUCGAUGUGACCGUCAGCCCUUUACCAUCAAAGUCUUGCAAGUUCCGGUUAUUGCAUGGUGCUUGCCUUCCGCAGAUCUUCGGCAGACAAUCAAGCUACAUGCCUCUGCAGGGCCUUUGAUGGAUGAGUUCGUUGACCAGCAGGAGAGGCGAAUUCUUUGGCCGCGGGUGUCAAAACUGCUGUUACUCUCCCAUUGCGGCCCGAAUUUCGCCAAGCAGCUGCUAAAGAAGGUAUCUAUUCGACAUGUCAGAGCCCAUAAUCUGGUUUGGUCUCCAGCCACCUCCAGGCAGUACCUGAAAGUGGUGCUUGUGGGAACCCUCCUGGUGGAGAAAGUCAGCACGGAUGCCUUCCAGCUCGAAGAUGAAGUGCCCGGAAGCCCGAGCAUACUUCGAUCAGGGACCCAAUCUAGGAUGUUCGAAAGGAGGAAAACCACUCAUGUGACCAUUGGCAGCACUGAAUUCUCGGACGAGGCUGAGGAGAGCCGAGCCCAGAAGAAGCGCCUGAGCGGCCCUGACAUGCCAAUGUCCCCAACAACGCUACAGCAGUUGAAAUCCUUUGCUGCAACGAAGUCCAUGUCCGGUUUUGAAUAUCCUGUGCUGGAUGAGGACAGCAGCAGCAGCAGCAGCUCCGUGUCGGACGAAGAGAAUGAAGAGAACUCCGACCUGUCCAGCGGAAGCUCCAGCACAGAGUCCAGUUCGGAAAGCUCCGAAGUGGAGGAACUCUACGAUUUGCCGGAGACCCUUUCAGUUCUCGAGCCGACGGCAGGUACAGUUCAGGCCAGGGCGGGGCCCUACUGCCUAGUCUUCAACGAGCCAGCGGUCUUAAACUAUACUGAAAGCGAUGCUAUGCUCUACAGGCAAGCUGUGGCAUUGACCGAUUGCAUUUUCCUCCUACUCAAGGUCGAUGACUUCCGGGAAGCUGUCGAGCGGGCCCCCCGCGAGAAGAAGCGCUUUGACUUGUUGGCAAAUGCGGAGUAUCGCGAGUGGCAGAGGUGCGGCAUUCACAGGCUUCGUAGCCUUGAGGUUUUUGCCAAGUGCUCCAAGCAGUUUCUGUCUGACCUUGCACAAACAGUGGAGUCUGCCUUGUGCUUUCAUGGCAACGACAUUAUUGCUGCAGACGAUGCCACGAACGGUUUGGUCUUGUUCAUGCAGGGCCAUGCCCAAAAUGAGAAGCGACACAAGGUUCAAGCACCGGAAGUUUUGAGUAGCAUGAAUUGGCUUGGAGAUCGUCACGCAGCGGAGCCUCCUCGGCGAGUGAAGGCCAAGGAAGUUUGCCAGAUUCUCCGUAUCUCGCAAUCGAAGUUGCUCAGCCUUCUCAGCCGGCAUCCUCACGAGACGGCGGUGAUUGUGAACGAGGCCAACCGGAUCAAUUCGAGAAAGCACGGUGGCUACGGUGGGCGGGCGGCGGCUUUUCAGCGAUCUUUGAGGGACGGAGCAAAUGGAGCUCAGGGGGGUGGCCUGUUUUGGUAUUGCCCUUUUUGCGAUGAUUUGGGGGAGGAUUUCCUUCAAGAGCUCAUCACCCACAUGGAGUGCUUCAAGCUGAUCCCGGGACAGCAUCUUUUUCGGAACUUGGACGGUGCCAAUGCAGACUUCCUUGUCGUGCUGACGCGGGGGCGGCUGAUGGCUUCGGAUGAGGAGCUGGACGCACCCCUCAUCAUCUGCGGUUUCGACCGAUCGGGCUACAUCGAUACGGUGGCAGAGGAACUCAGUGAGGUUUUUUGCGUGAACUUCGAGCAGAUCAAGUCUUUGUUGGCAGUGAACCCCGAGAGCACACGAGCAUUCUUGAUGCGUGUGGCAUUGUUUCAGGAGCGCCUGGAAAAGAGACAGGGGUUAAGCUGGUGGAGUUCCCUGAAUGUGCUACGUCGGCACGAGCCUUUCGCUGCAUGCACUGAGGCCUUUAUUGAGGCCUGUGCGCCUUUCAUGCAGGUUAGGUUUUGCCUCCCUGGUGAAGCCAUCGUGGAGGAAGGAAGCCAUGUGGAACAUGCGCUCAUCAUCGAAAGUGGAGUUGCCAAGGUGCAUCGUCAGACCAAGCCGGCUCUGAGAGGUUGCCCAGAUAGAACCGGUGAGGUGAGAGACAGCUACUUGGUAGGAGGCAUCAGUGGCGCAUACGGUUUUGCAGGGAUGCAGCGCCGCUUGGCAACCAUCAAAGCAUUGACGCUUUGCAAGCUCAUCGAGAUCCCAAUCACGGCGAUCUUAACUUUGCUAGACCAGCAUCCCGAUGCCAGACAACGUUUUCGCGAAAUCGCUGAAAGGCGGUUUAAAGAGCUUGCCCCGGAGCCAUUGGAGGAGCAUCCCUUCUUUAAAAACUUCUCGAAGUCCUUUCUGAAUACAUUGCGCACGAAAUGCAAUGCUCAGGUCUUCUUCGUAGGGGAAACGAUCAUUCGCCAGGGAGACCCUGCAGACAGCAUGAUCAUCAUAAGCUCAGCUUCCGUUGUGACCCUCUACGUUGAUGGAAGAAAGUUGAAAGAUCUUGCUGGAGGUUGCACAUUGGGAGUACCAUCUAUCCUGUCAUCAGCAGCUGUCAAGCGAUUCGCCACCAUAGAGGCUCAGACUGCCUGCACGGUGCAGAAGCUCACAAGAAAGGACUGGCUCGAUGUUCUUAAGAACCAUGCGGAGCACAGACUGUGGAUACAAAGCUUUACCGAAGAGCAACUUGCCCUGGCAAACCAGCAAGCUUUGGAAACCACUAGGCGCUACCGCUGGCGGAAGAUCAAAGAGAGGGAGACAGCGGCUGUACAGACGCAUUGCAGACGUGCUAAGGGCCAGACGCAAAAGGGCCCGACAAAGCAAGCGAGUGUGACGCAGGCACUGGCGGAAGCAAAAGAUCUGCCGCUUCAUGGAAUUUCUGACAGCUACGACGGCUACGAGCAUUGGGAUUGCUUCAAUGGUCGGAAGGCAACAGUUCCACAUGUGAGGCUUCCCCAGCUGUCGCUACGACCUCAAAAAAUCGAAGUGGUUGAGCACUCAGAGGAAGAGGAUGACCAUGACGAAGCUACGCGCUCCUCGACAGCUCGUCGAGGAAGUGAUUUCGGCGGAAUGGCCAUGCGCAAGAUGACCAUAAAAGCGUCGAACUCCUCUCGCCUCAGCGUGCUGGGCGAGCUCCCGCAAAUGGUCGAAAAGCCAAUGUCGCACGAGAGUUGGCUGGAUUGUCAAGAUGCCUUUGGACUGCUGUACACAGCUCUGGGCGACUAG